AUGGCCGAGAAGGUGGCUAUGCUGGAGAAACAGCGGGAGGAGCUGCGGGACGACGUUGCGUACCUGAAGUCGCAAUCCAUGCGGAACAACCUAGUGUUCACAAAUAUCCAAGAGGACAACUCCACCGGCAACGAGACGGCGGAAAUUACGGUAACAAAGUUACGUAAUCAUUUACAAGAGAAACUCAAAAUUGCAAAGGACAUUGCAGACACGAUCCGCUUUGAGCGCGUUCAUCGCUCACCGGGACAGCCAGUUUCCGGUAAGAUUCGCAACAUCGUUGCCAAAUUUACAUAUUUCAAGGACCGGGAGAUGGUACGGAGAGAAUGGAAACACCUGUCAGGAACCGGAUGCCAAAUGUUUGAGCAGUUCCCAUCGGAAGUGGUUGAAAAGCGCCGAAAGUUAGUGCCUAAAAUGAAGGACGCCAAAAAAGAGGGAAAACGAUCUUGGAUCGUGUACGAUACCCUGUACGUGGACGGUAAACCAGUGAAACAGUAG